AUGUAUGACGACUCCUAUAUCCAUGGCUUUGAGGACUCCGAGGUGGGCUCAGCCGAUUCCUACACCAGCCGGCCGUCGCUGGACUCAGACGUGUCCCUGGAGGAGGAGCGCGAGACGGCCCAGCACGAGGUGGAGAACCAGGCACAACAGCAGCUGGAGAGGGCCAAGCACAAGCCGGUAGCGUUUGCCGUACGCACCAAUGUCAGCUACUGCGGGGCCCUGGAUGAGGAGUGCCCGGUGCAGGGCUCCGCCAUCAACUUCGAAGCCAAAGACUUCCUGCACAUCAAGGAGAAAUACAGCAAUGACUGGUGGAUCGGGCGGCUAGUGAAGGAGGGGGGGGACGUCGCUUUCAUCCCCAGUCCCCAGCGGCUGGAGGCCAUGCGGCUGAAGCAGGAGCAGAAAGCCAGGAGAUCUGGCAAC